AUGUCACAGAGCAAUCACAUAACAAUGAAAUUCACAAAACUUGUCGAGUGGAUGCUGAUCCAGAGUGGUUUACAGUUUUUCACAUUUAUGAUUCUCGCAGACUUUGCACUGACGCUGAAGGAUGUCCGAGUACUUGUGCCGGCGGCAGUGCGGCGAGGGGAAAAUGUAAAUUUAAUCUGUCAAUAUGAUCUGGAAGGUGACACACUCUACUCGAUGAAAUGGUAUAAAGGAAAGCGUGAGUUCUUCAGAUUUACUCCGAAAGAGAAUCCAUCGCUGCAAAUCUUUCCAGUGCAAGGCAUUUAUGUUGAGACAUCAAAGUCUAAUCGAAGCUAUAUCACGUUAAAAUCAGUUGAACCAUCGAUAUCUGGAAAAUAUGUUUGUGAAAUAUCUGCUGACGCUCCAUCGUUUCACACUGAACUUGUUUCUAGUGAGAUGGAAGUUGUUGACGUGCCUCAAAACAAGCCAGUUAUCACAGAAAUCAAACCACAUUAUAGAAUAGGAGAACUGAUACGAGGCAACUGCACCAGUCAAUACUCACGUCCAGCUGCCAAUUUAACGUGGUUGGUCAACAAUAAUCCAAUUGCUGCAACGAUAAGACAAUAUCCAUCUGUUAAAGAUGAAACUAGAAAUUUAUUCUCAAACACAAUAGGAUUGUUUCUCCGGCUCACACCACAACAUUUCGCCAAUGGACGACUUAAGAUUUCUUGUAUAGCUAGAUUGUAUACCUUGUAUAAUGAGAGGGUUGAUAAGAUUAUUGACGAGGAUAGACCGACAGUAUUUUCUGCAUCAGCAUCACAGUCUUUCAUUGAUAUGCCAUCGUCACAUUAUUCAUCAUAUCAUGAUUCACAUGAUUCCGUAAACAAUCAUAAUGAUGCACAAAUACAAGCAGAUUCAUCAAGCAUUGGAACAUCCUUCAUGGUGAACAUCUGCAGAACAUUUAUUCUUCUGUCUUGUGCUUUUAUUGUCAUGAUUCAUGAUAUUAUGUUGAAGUAAAUUGAUGGGGAAAACAUCAAGGUGCUUAAAAAUGAGUUAGAGAAUUUCAAACUAUUCGGUAUUGAUAUUAUUAAUGGAACUGUCUGUAAAUAUCUUAACUAUAAUAAUAUAUCAGUUUGUAUUGAAUAUAUAGAGAAAUAAUAAUUAUAGAUAUGGAGAAAACUUUUCAAUCUUCAGAAAAGUCAUUUAAAUGUUUGCAUUAUGAAAUGUAAAAAUGGUGAAAUUAACUAGAUUUAUGCAAGAGAUGUAGACAAAAGAAAAAUGUAUAAAAUAAUAAAAAUUCUCUAAAUCAAAAGUCGAAAUUGAAUGUGAAAUGUGGUAGGUAUUUGAUUUCUAUUUCAAACAUUUCUGAAUUAAAUCACAAAAAACGAAAGAAAUAAGUUUCCCCCCGCAUUCGAAGCUUUUUCCUUAUCAUAAUAGACAAUAAAAAAAUAUUUUGGUAUUUCCCCAUAAUCACCAAAAAGAGGAAAAAGAAUUCGAAAAAUGAAAACUUUUUUAUUAUCUAUCUUGAUAGUUCUUUUAAUUUCGAUUUCAUAUCUAAACCUGAUUUGUCUGGAAUGUUUAAUGCUUUUUCUUAUGCUCUGCUUCUUCCAUCGGGAGCAGUUGCAAUGUAAAUUUAUGAUGCAAAAAUAUUAUUCUGUAAUUAAAUUUUCUCGAUGAAUGAGAGAAAUAGAAGAACAAAGAUCCAGACAGUGAAAAUGUGCUUCAUAAAUUGUUUGAGCUCUUCGAGUAAGAAAACUGUUAGUUAUUGUAUCAUAAAAUGUGUUUCAGAGAUGAAAAAGAAAGAAAAUAACUUUUGCAUUCCCAUUUUCAUGAUAGUGCUCAAGUGAAUACAAAACAGAAGAACAGGAAAAUAUAGAAUGCAGAAUAAUUAUCACGUUCUUGUUAAAUAUCACACUCUUGCAAAUAGAAAUUGUACUUCAUGAUGACAGAGUUAUGGGAAAUUUGUUGUAUGAUUUAAAAUAUCUUGAGACGCAAUAAAAGCAACUAACAUACAGACAGAGAUAGAAACAUGCAAAUUAUGUGUUUUAAUUUCAGAAAAAAAAAGAUUCUUU